GUUUCUGAAUUCAGAAAACAACACAGACCACUUACAAAAUGUUUAAGCUGGUGGUGUUGUCUUGCGUUCUGGCGGCGGCGUCCGCAUCGGGCCUUUUCGCAGGAUACGUGGCGCCCUUAGCGCCUCUGGCCUACUCAUCGCCGUUCUUGCAGCCUUACAACUACCGCGGACCCUACUCUCUCGCUCCUGGUCAACCUGCCAACAUUCUGGCUUCUGAUGGCAGACCCUUAGACACUUUGGACGUGAACUUGGACCGCUCUGCACAUUUUACCGCUAAGGCUCUGGACAACGGUUUCCAUAUUUUGAAGAAACGCUCCGCUGCUUUCAUCGCUCCUUACACCGCUCCUUUCGCCGCGCCUUACGCCGCUCCUUACGCCGCUCCUUUGGCUUACUCCGCGCCUCUUCUCCAGCCUUACAACUACCGUGGACCAUUAUCGUUAGCCCCAGGACAGCCCGCUAACAUUUUGGGCUCUGACGGCAGGCCUUUAGACACCUUGGAAGUCAACUUGGAUCGCUCUGCCCAUUUCAAUGCGCAGUACAACAAUGGCCUACAUCUAUUGAAGAAGCGCUCCGCAGGUCUGAUCGCCCCAAUCAACACUGUCACCUUUACUAGGACGCCACUGAUCGCUUCCAGCUACGCGUAUGCUUCACCACUCGCCCACCAAUACCUUAAACCUAUCUCGUACGCCGCCAGCCCCAUCACACACAUCUUCUAACAACUCUAACGCUUGCCAACGAUGAUGUAAAUAAAAAAUAAAUGACUAUUU